AUGGCCACCUUGGAAGAUUCGCUGGCAGACUCGCAGGGGCUACUGGUUGCGAUCAUCGUCUGCCUGGUGGCUGUGGCUCUCAGCUGGCAAACUCUCCGUUUUUUGCUUUCGUCGCCGCCACCCAAGCCCAGGAGCCUCACUUUUCGUGUCGACGACGUCCCAAUUGAUCAUGUCCAUGACUUCGGUCGUAGACUGCAAUCUAUCGCGGAGCAAGACCCGGUCCUGCGCGGCGUUGCCUCUGCUAUUGUUCUUCGAUCUUUAGCACCAAGGGACAAGGUCACCAGCUGCGCUACCGUCUCUGUCGUGACGCAUCUAUCUGGAGAUAGUUUAUGUGUGCGACUCCAUCACGCUGGAAGAGGUCACCCUUAUACCUACAGCUGCAAUUUUGAGGGCAUAACGCCGCUCUAUGUGGCAGAGGGUGGCGCGGAUAUCGAUAUCAUCGCAGUGCCGGGCCUCAGAAGCCAUGCUCUCGGCUCUUGGAAGUCUCCCAACGGUGAUCAAGUCUGGUUACGAGAUUUCCUGCCCAGGGAAAUCCCCGCCAUCCGAGUAUUCCUUUACGGUUAUGACACUGUCCUUCCCGGCAGUCUUUCAAAGCAGUCUAUCAAGGAUUUAGGGAGUAUACUCCUUGAACGUAUAACCGCUUUCCGAGCAGGAGAUGACACAAGCCGUCGUCCGAUCAUCUUCGUUGGCCAUAGUCUCGGUGGCUUACUGAUCAAAGAAGCCCUUUUACAAGCUCGUAGACGCCAUAGUGAAACAAAAUCUGAUUUUUCCAAGGCCACUUUUGGACUUCUUUUCUUUGGAGUUCCGAAUCUUGGCUUGCGGAACGAGCAGUUGAGAACGCUCGUACGAGGCCAGCCGAACGAAAGUUUGAUCAACGACCUACUAGUCGAUAACGACUCGGAGCCCCCGAACUGUCUCAAGACUCUUUCGGACCAGUUUUCUGAGACAUGCCGGGACUACUACCAGGUGGUGUCAUUUUUUGAGCGCUCACUCAGCCCAACUAUAGAAGUAAGAAGCGGCCGCUCUUCUUUACUAGUUACAGGUGACUCUGCUACCAGUACAGGCCUAGUUGCUGCAGCUGAUGAGGAUAACAUCCCCCUUAACACGGAUCACUCAGGACUCGUCAAGUUUGAUAACAAGAUUCAAGGCGAUUAUCCUAUCGUGAGGGAAAGAAUCAAAAAGCUUUGUAAGGAAGCAAAGAUUGAAGUAGCUAGGCGAUUUUCUAAGCAUGACCUCCACCGGCCACAUUCUGCCGAUUCAGAAGCUUGUAUGAAGUCGCUGGCCUUUCGGGACAUGAACAGCCGGCAGAAUAACAUCGAAACAAGCGUUGCAGGCACAUGUGAUUGGAUCUUCUCGCACCAAUCCUUCCUACAGUGGACCGAGCAAAAGCAAGGGUUACUCUGGAUCAUGGGGAAACCUGGAUCUGGCAAAUCAACAAUACUGAAGCAUACCCUUCAGAAAGUGCCAUAUUUGUAUGGAUCGGACACCAUCGUCCUUUCUUUCUUCUUCCACGGCCGCGGCAAUGAACUGCAGAGGACUCAGCUGGGCCUCUUCAGAUCUCUCCUACACCAGAUGCUUCGGCAGAUCCCUGGCGCGCUCUCUGACCUAGUCGAUGAGUAUCGACGCAAAACAAACACAGAGGGAAAACAUGGACAAGAAUGGGACUGGGAUCUACUACCGCUAAGGGGAUUUCUCGAGUCAGCACUGCCAAGGGUUCUGAAACAGUUUCCAGUCAUCAUCUUCAUUGACGCACUCGACGAAUGCGGAGAGGAGUCUGCUGUGCAACUUAUACAGUACCUCAAAACCCUACUAGCCACCUUCGCGCCAACAGACUAUCGACUUAGAUUCUGCUUCGCUUGUCGUUACUACCCUAACCUUAAUUCAAAAGAUGGAUUGAAUAUACUGCUCGACACAGAAAACCAGGCGGACGUCACUACAUACGUACAAACCAAGUUCAGUGACGAUCCAGACGUACAAAUCGAAGAUAUCAUAGCUAGAAAUGCACAUGGUGUUUUCAUAUGGGCACAAUUCGUUGUGGAGCGUGUCUUGAAACUGAAACGCCGGGGGGAACCCAGGGGUAAGAUAAUGGCCGAUGUCAUGAAGACGCCAGAGGAUUUGGAGGAUUUUUAUCACCGACUUAUCGAAAAGGCGCAGCAUCACACAGGCACAUUAAGGCUUGCACAGUGGAUCUGUUUCUCAACAAGACCCCUGACGACGCACGAGCUAUCAUGGGCCAUGGCCUAUCAAUCCGACUGCACGUUUCGUUCGAUCGAGGAAUGGCGGAACUCCGAGAAUUUCAUCACAGCAAACGAUAUGGACACAAGACUCAAAUUCCUCAGCUGCGGCCUCGCCGAGACCGUGGGACCAUGGCAUCAAAGAACUGUUCAAUUCAUUCAUCAGUCUGUCAAGGACUACUUCAUCAAGCGUGGAUUGUCUUUCCUACAUGUCAAGUUGGAAACAGCCAGUUUGGUGGCACCUACUGCCAAUCUUUUGCUAGCAUGGUCUUGUACCUGCUACCUGAAGCUUGUCUUCUCUUCUUCAAAACAAGAUUAUUGGAAGGUCCAGCGGGAGAGGGGCCUUCUCGGGUUUUUGAACUAUGCCGCGAUCUCGUGGAUUGAUCAUAUGAAACUCGGAGAAUCAGUUGAACAAUCUCCAAAGAAGUUUCUGGGCCUGCUCGAAUGGCCUGGAGGCUCUCUCAUACGCUCAUGGGCAACACUCUAUGGUGAUCUCACUUCUGAGUAUGUGUCGCCCGAAAGUACCAUUUUGUAUAUCCUAGCGAGAUACGGUUUGGUAAAAUUACUCUCAUGUCUGUUGCUCCUCUAUGCUGACAAAGUUGACAUCAACUCAAAGGACGUCAACGACCGAACCCCAUUCUCGUGGGCAGCUGCUAAUGGCCACGAGGCCGUCAUUGCGAUACUCCUCAGCACAGGCAAAGUUGAAGUC